GGUGGUGAUGGGAGUUCCAAGAUGGCGGCGCCCGUUUGACAACCUGGGGGAAGAUCGUGCUGUAGCUGCUCCGGGUUCUGUCUCGCCCUCCAGAGAGAGAGAGAGACACGGGGAGGAGCCGCUGGAGCCUAGGCCCGCAGCCGAUCGCCCUUUCCUGUGUCACUCAGAAAUAAUGUUGAUAUUUAGAACUCAUGUCGAACAUCUAUGAAGAGAGAGUAACGAUGAUUGCAGCAGGGGAUUUGCAGGAGUUUGUCCCUUUUGGCCGUGACCACUGCAAACACCAUCCUAAUGCGCUGAACCUGCAACUUCGGCAGCUGCAACCAGCCUCGGAACUGUGGUCAUCGGAUGGAGCAGCUGGUUUGGUGGGGUCCCUUCAGGAAGUUACAAUCCAUGAGAAACAUAAGGAAAAUUGGCAUUUAAGGAAGGGCAUCAGUGAUGUUGGUGAAGAUGUGGAGUAUGAUGAAGAAUUGUAUGUGGCCGGCAACAUGGUUAUUUGGAGCAAAGGAAGCAAAAGCCAGGCUGCUGCAGUUUAUAAAGCAUUUACUGUUGACAGCCCUGUUCUACAGGCCUUAUGGUGUGAUUUUUCUAUACCCCAAGAUAAGUCUGGUAAAACGGAAGAUCGCAGUGAGGUUGUUGAAAAGUGUGUCUGCAUAUUACAGAGCUCUUGCAUAAAUAUCCACAGCAUUGAAGGAAAGGAUUACACUGCUUCGUUGCCCUUCCAGGUUGCAAAUGUCUGGCCAACAAAAUAUGGUUUGUUGUUUGAACGUAGCAGUUCUUCGCAUGAAGUGCCUCUAAGCCCAACCAGAGAACCUUUGCCCACCAUGUUCAGCAUGCUUCACCCAUUAGAUGAAAUAACGCCUAUGAUUUGCAAGGCUGCAGGUUUGUUUGGCUCUACUAGAGUCCAGUAUGUUGCUGACUACUCAAUGAGAAUUGUUUUUCUCAACGCUGAACCUUCCAUCCUAAUGACAUAUGAUGCCACUCAGAGUUUGCAUACAAUUUGGGCACUCCGGAGAGUAAAACCAGAGGAGCAGAGUGCUGUUUUGAAAUUUUCUGAUCAGGUUGGAACCCCCCAGCAUGUAGCCACCAGCACGUCGUUCACUGCCCACCUUCGGAGUCUGUCGAAGGGUGACUCACCUGUCACGUCUCCCUUCCAGAACUACUCCUCUAUUCACAGUCAGAGCAGAUCAGUUUCAUCUCCCAGCAUCCACUCUCGCUCACCGUCCAUAUCCAACAUGGCCGCUCUGAGUCGGUCUCACUCUCCAGCGUUGGGGGUGCAUUCUUUCUCUGGGGUGCAGAGGUUCAACUUCUCCAGCCACGCGCAGUCUCCCAGGAGGCACAGUGCCUGUCAUUCGCCCGGCAGUGCCACUGACUCCUUCCUUGCCCCAGAAACUGAACUCAUUGUUCCGGAGCUUUGCAUAGAUCAUCUGUGGACGGAGGCCUUCACUACCUCAAGGGAGAAGAAGUCUCAAGCCUCCAAAGUAUUUAUUACAACAGAUCUUUGUGGGCAGAAGUUUUUGUGCUACUUAGUGGAGUCUCAGCUCCAGUUGCGCUGUGUAAAGUUUCAACAGAGUAAUGACAUGUCACAGUUGAUCUUCGGCUCUGUUACCAAUAUACAGGCAAAGGAUGCUGCUCCAGUUGAAAGCAUUGACACAAUGCUGGUGCUGGAAGAAAAUGGAAACUUAGUCCUGUACACAGGAACAGUUCGAGUUGGAAAGGUUUUCAUACCUGGCUUGCCAGCGCCAUCCCUGACGAUGUCCAAUCAAAUGCCUCGCCCGAGCACUCCUCUGGACAGUAUUAGCACUCCGUCCAAACCUUUGAACAAGCACCUUGGACCGUUAGAUGAGGGAGUGUUGUCUCCUGUUCCAGAACUAAGGGAUUCUUCCAAACUUCAGGACUCCUCCUAUAUUGAUGAUUGCACUUUUCAGCAACUGGCAACAUUUGUCCACUCUGUGAGAGAUCCUGUCCAUAACAGAGUGACUCUGGAACUCAGCAAUGGCUCAAUGGUUAGAAUUUCCAUUCCUGAAAUUGCAACUUCAGAGUUAGUCAAAAGAUGUCUACAGGGUAUUAAAUGCAUCCUCCCCAAAGAGAUCGCUGUGCAGAUGCUUGUCAGAUGGUAUAAUGCAUACAAUGCACCGGGAGGACCAAGCUACUACUCGGAGUGGAACUUAUUUGUGACCUGUCUGAUGAAUAUGAUGGGCUACAACACAGACAGAGUAGCAUGGACUCGUAAUCUAGAUUUUGAAGGAUCUCUUUCUCCAGUUAUUGCUCCCAAGAAAGCCCGGCCUUCAGAAACAGGAUCAGAUGAGGACUGGGAAUACCUGCUAAAUUCUGACUACCAUAGGAAUGUGGAGUCACAUCCUUUGGCUAAAGCUUUGCGGCUGGAUCCCCUGGAAGCAAAAUCCCCCAAAGACAAUACCUCACACAGUCACUGCCUGGAUGCCACCACGCUCCUCUUCCCUCACAUUCCAGCUAUUUUCUGUGUGCUCCAUUUAAUCUACGAGGAGCUCAAGCUGAAUUGCUUGAUGGGGGAAGGAAUCCGUUCUCUUGUCGUUCUUCUGGUUCAACUGGCAAGGGACUUACAACUGGAAGCAUACCUUGAUUAUUACUAUAGAGACUAUCCAGUGCUUCUAAAGACAUCCAGGCAAACAGGCAUAAUUGACCCAGCCCAGACAGGUUUCAUGCAUCACCCUACCUUUUUUUCGGCGGAGCCUCCAAGUAUAUUUCAGUGGCUAAGUUCCUGUCUGAAGGGAGAAAGUGUGCCACCAUACCCUUAUUUGCCGGGAAUCUGUGAAAGGAGCAAGCUGGUUGUGCUGAGCGUUGUGCUUUACAUACUUGGGGAUGAAAGAGCCGUUUCAAAUGAAGCGUCCAACUAUUUGUACAAGAUAACGUCAGGGCAGCGAAAGCAGCAGAAUGAACAGGAAGAACUUUGUUACGGGGCUUUGAUAUGGUUUGUCCUUCAAGGAUUUACUUUGAGAGAUCUGGAAUCUUUGCCCUUUGGAGUUGCUCUUCCUGUCAGAGAUGCAAUAUAUCACUGCCGGCAGCAGCCUGCCUCUGACUGGCCAGAAGCAGUCUGUCUUCUCAUAGGCCGCCAGGACCUUUCCAAACAGGCUCGUGAGGGAAACUUGCGAAAGUGCAAAGCUUCUGACACCCAGGUGCUCUCAUCCGAUAUGCCCUCCACUGUAGAGUCGGAAGAGGACGAUGAUGGAAUGAACGACAUGAACCAGGAAGUGAUGUCGCUAAUAUGGAGUGAAGACUUGAGGGUGCAAGAGGUGCGCAGGCUUCUGCAGAGUGCCCACCCCGUCCGUGUCAAUGUAGUUCAAAUGCCAGAAGUCAGCGACCAUGAAUAUAUAGAAGAGAAAGAGAACCGGUUGUUGCAGCUUUGUCAGCGGACGAUGGCCUUGUCUUUGGGAAGAGGAAUGUUCACUCUGUUCUCUUACCACCCAGUUCCAACAGAACCGUUGCCUAUUCCCAAACUGAACUUGACAGGACGGGCUCCUCCAAGGAAUACCACAGUGGAUCUCAAUAGUGGGAAUAUAGAUGUACCUCCCAACAUGGCUUGCUGGGCUAAUUUUCACAACGGGGUGGCUGCUGGCCUGAAAAUAGCACCAGCUUCCCAAAUAGACUCAGCUUGGAUUGUCUACAACAAACCUAAAAAUGCUGAACUAGCCAACGAAUAUGCAGGGUUCCUGAUGGCCCUGGGUUUGAAUGGCCACCUCACGAAACUCGCAACGCUUAACAUCCAUGACUACCUGACAAAGGGCCACGAAAUGACCAGCAUUGGGCUGUUGCUGGGGGUUUCUGCUGCCAAACUUGGCACGAUGGAUAUGUCGAUCACUCGGCUGCUCAGCAUCCACAUCCCUGCUCUGCUCCCACCAACUUCCACUGAGCUGGAUGUUCCCCAUAAUGUGCAAGUGGCUGCUGUAAUUGGGAUAGGCUUGGUGUACCAAGGAACAGCCCACAGACACACUGCCGAGGUUCUGCUGUCAGAAAUUGGCCGCCCCCCUGGUCCUGAGAUGGAGUAUUGUACUGACAGAGAGUCCUAUUCACUGGCUGCUGGCUUAGCUUUGGGGAUGGUUUGUCUCGGGCAUGGCAGCAACUUGAUAGGCAUGUCGGACCUCAACGUACCUGAGCAGCUUUACCAGUAUAUGGUUGGUGGCCAUCGGCGCUUUCAAGCUGGAAUGCAUCGUGAAAAACACAAGUCUCCGAGUUACCAAAUCAAGGAAGGAGAUACUAUAAAUGUCGAUGUGACUUGCCCGGGUGCAACUCUGGCCCUUGCAAUGAUUUAUCUGAAGACAAAUAACAGGUCAAUUGCUGACUGGCUUCGAGCUCCAGACACGAUGUAUUUGUUGGAUUUUGUGAAGCCAGAAUUUCUUUUAUUAAGGACACUUGCUCGAUGCUUGAUUUUGUGGGAUGACAUACUGCCUAGUUCCAAGUGGAUUGACAGCAACGUUCCGCAAAUUGUUAGAGAGAACAGUGUGUCCCUCCAUGCAACAGUGAUGCCUUUGUCAGAAGAUUUGAAUUUGGAGACACUGACGCAGGCUUAUGUCUACAUCAUUGCUGGUGCCUGCCUGUCUUUGGGUUUCCGAUUUGCUGGAUCAGAAAACUUGGCUGCCUUUAACUGCUUGUUUGCCUUUGCGAAAGAUUUCAUGAAGUGUUUAUCUUCGGCUACAGCUUCCAUCGCCGGCCACUAUAACUUGGAGACCUGUCUGAGUGUGGUGUUACUCUCCCUUGCAAUGGUGAUGGCCGGAUCUGGCAACCUGAAGGUCCUCCAACUUUGUCGUUUCAUGCACAAGAAGACUGGCGGGGAGAUGAACUAUGGAUUCCAUAUGGCCCACCAUAUGGCACUUGGGCUCCUCUUUUUAGGAGGGGGGAGGUACUCCCUGAGCACUUCAAAUUCUUCAAUCGCUGCUCUUCUUUGUGCACUGUACCCUCACUUCCCUGUUCACAGUACUGACAACAGGUACCAUCUUCAGGCAUUGCGCCAUCUGUACGUCCUCGCAGCUGAACCCCGGCUCCUUGUCCCUGUGGAUGUGGAUACUGAUACACCUUGCUAUGCACUCCUUGAGGUUAUGUACAAGGGAACUCAGUGGUAUGAAGAAACCACCGAAGAACUCAUGGCACCUACUCUUCUCCCGGAGCUUCACUUGUUGAAACAGAUCAGAGUGAAAGGUCCUCGAUACUGGGAACUCCUGAUUGAUUUAAGCAAAGGCCCACACCACUUAAAGUCAAUUCUCUCAAAAGAUGGUGUCCUGUAUGUAAAAUUGAGAGCUGGGCAGCUUUCCUACAAAGAGGACCCAAUGGGCUGGAGAAGUUUGUUGGCGCAGACAGUAACUCACCGGAACACAGAUGCCCAUGCGUUCAAGCCAGAAGCCAUUUCUGCUUUCACAUCUGAUCCUGCACUGCUUUCAUUCACUGACUACUUUUGCAAACCGGCUGCAAAUAUGGGGCAAAAACAGGAGGUGUUUGACCUGUUCUCCUCUAUCCUGUAUGAGUGUGUGACUCAGGAGAACCCUGAGAUGCUGCCAGCUUACAUAGCAAUUGAUCAGGCUGUGAGAAGACUAGAAAAAAUGGAAAUGACUGAGACGUUUGACUUAUGGCAAAUAAAGCUGGUUCUAGAAUUUUUUAAUUCCAGAAGCCACCAGGAGAGAAUGAGGAAAAAUGCUCACCCCGGGAUCUUCAUGAACUCAGAAUUUUUACCAGUGAUGAAGUGUUCCAUUGAUAAUACCUUGGAUCGGUGGCUACAAGCUGGAGGUGAUGUCUGCUUGCACUCCUAUUUAAGUGGACAUCCCACUGACGAAUCUCAACUAAGUAUGCUGGCCUGCUUCCUCGUCUAUCAUUCCGUCCCUACUCCAGGACAGUUGUUAGCUGGAGGCCUGGAAGGGAAAACAAGCUUUUCUGAAUUGCUGCUGAAAUUCAAACCACUGAAAAUGCCAGUCCGUGCAUUACUAAGACUUGCUCCUCUGAUGCUGGGAAAUCCACAAGCCAUGGUUUUGUGAAAUUAAUAUAGUGAUUUUGACCUAAGCAAGUGACCAAGUGCCAGUACAAAGACAGUAUUUGAAAGAAGCAUAAAUGAAGUCAGUUUUGCUUCCAAGUUCACAGACUUGCGUCAAAUGAAUUUUCCAUUCCUUUUUAUGUUGUAAGAAUCAUAAAGAGAGGUAUAUAUAUUGUAGGAUGGUCAACAUACCUGUGCACACUGAUACAUUUACUUUUUUGUAAAUAAAGUUUGUUUGCAAAUAA